AUGAAGCGCUUAUUCGGAAAGAAGAAAGACGUUCCACAGCAGCCACAGGUCAGUCUCGAAGACACAUCCGACCAGUUAGGAAGAAAGAGCGAAAGCAUUGAUAAGGAAAUUGCUGAGAUCAAUAGAAAAUUAAGUGAACUUACUAAACAAAUGAAAAUGCCGUCCAAUAAGUCUCGUGUUCCAACUCUCAGAAGGAAGGCCACCGAAUUGCUUAAGCGCCGUAAAAUGCUCGAAGGCUUCCAGGGCAAAAUUGAUGGACAAAGAUUUAAUAUUGACAACAUGGCUUUCCAGCAGCAACAAAUGAAAGUCAACAUCGAGACUGUUAAUGCAAUGAAGGAAACUAACGCAACAAUGAAGCAAACAAUGAAACAAUUUACAGUUGAAGAUGUUGAUGACAUGGCUAUGGACAUGGAAGAUAUGAUGGCCGAGUCCAACGAAAUUUCCGAUAUAUUAUCUCAGGGCAUUGGCAACGAUAUCGAUGAAGGAGAACUUGAAGACGAAUUAGCAGCCCUUGAAGCCGAAGGAUUGGAUGAAGGUGAUCUUGAUAUGGAAGGACUCGAUGAUACAGGCGGAAAGACACCUCAGAAGGAAGCCUGGUAA